GUGUGAUAAUGCUGUUCUGCUGUUAUUGUUUUGCGUAGUCCUGGCGGAGAACCGUGGCAACCAACCGAGAAUGCAAGAAUAUGUAGCCGCCACUUUGUUGGCAACAGAAAAAAUAACGUGGCGAACCAUCCUGCCUAUGUACCAUCAAUCUUCCCUCCUCUUUACAGACGUCCGCCUCCACUUGACUCAACAAGUGGAACGGAAAGAUUUGGCAAAUGGCAGAAAAGACACCAGGCAGAUGCAGCUGCUACAACUGUGCAAAGUACAGACCCCUCGAAUUCUGCUGAGAGUGCAAGGAGCACUGUACCAAGCUCUUGUGCAGCCCAAGAAAAUCCUGAAGCUGAAAUACGUGAUAUUUAGAGCAUCGAAACAGAUGAAGUUCUCCCCAACAUUGAAGAAGAUGAUGAUCCUGGGCUUUACCCUGAAAGUGUUCAGGUUGCUUCUACAGAAUGUGAGUGUUGUCACUCAAGAACACAUUGCAAGGAGCGUUGCAGUUGGUCCCAGCAGCAGAACGGGUUUUUUUUCCGCCUAUCACAGUAUCAUUGCAAGCCCAGAUUCUCUCAGAAGUCUCUGUGGUGUCGACGGCAACGUGCUUGCAUUACUGCUCGGUUUGUUGCCAACAGUGAGAGACAGGAGCAGCGACGUUACAGUUGAAAAUAAGCUGCUCAUAUUUUUAAUGAAAAUGAAGCUGGGCAUAUCAUUCUCUGCAGUUGUUACUCUUUUUGGAGUACAUGAGAAAACUGCGUCCCGUGCAUUCUACAGUGUGCUUCACACGCUCCUUGAAAUAACGAGGGAUUGGAUCUACAAGCCCCCGAUAACUGACAUAAUGUUGUCGCAGCCCUCUUGCUUUAAAGCAAAUUACCCACAGCGCACCCUCAUCAUCGACUGCACAGAACUGAAAACUGAAACCCCACCCGAGGUCAGGCAGCAACACAUGCUCUACUCUCCAUACAAAGGAACUUACACACUGAAAUUUCCUGUUGCUAUCAUCCCAAAUGGAAUCGUUGUCUUCAAGUCCAAACCAUAUGGUCGUAGAUGUUCGGAUACUCAUAUUAAAUUAGAUUUUAAAUUUCUCAACAUUAUUGAGGCCGAAGACACAAUUUUGGCUGACAGGGGCUUCCCAGGCAUCAGAACUUCCCUUGCUGAUAGAGUAAUCCUCAUAAUGCCACCUUUUUCAGCAGGAAGCACUAUUCCCUUCACGCCCGAGGAAAUAGAACAGACUUACUCAGUUGCUUCUGUCUGAAUACACGUAGAGGGAGCAAUUAAAAGGAUUAAGCAUUACAACAUCUUAAAUCACCGAGUACCAGUUUCACUGAUUUCACAUGUGUUGCAUUUUAGCAAACCUUUAGCCACCUUUGAUUUUGUCACAGUGAAUAGUCCGUAUUUAAAAUUCAUGCAACGGCUACAUAAACAGUGUAAAUAUUUUCUUGUUUGUCCUUUUGGUUACAUUUCUUUACUCCUUGGCAAAGUUAUUAUAUAAGUACAGCUGCUCUAAAGCUUGUUUACAUCCUGUUCCUGCAUUGCUGUUUUUCGCAUUUUUAAAAUUAUUUAAGAACUUGUUAUAAACUGCAGUAGCAGUGCCAGGAGGAUAACCAACAUCCUCCCAUUUCAGAGUAUCUGUACUUGUUUUUAAAUUUACGUUCAUAACAUGAGUAUUAAGUUGAAAUCAAUGCCACAGCUGUGUUACAUUUUAAUUGCACUUGUUGUCUUUCAUCAUUUUAGACCACUGUAUUUUGCAAGAAUGUUGAUUAAGUGCAUUUGUUAUAAUAAACAUUUCAUUCCUGGUGAAUAAGUACCACUGAAAAUGAGUCCAGCAAUAGCGUACAGUAGGCAUAGGCAUACACGAUACCCCCACAGUAUUCAUUAAGACCAUAUCGAUGUGCACUUAUCAUGUGAACUGCCUUAACAUAUGUACUAUGCAAUUUGACUGAGUUACUUCGUACCAAAUCAUUGUGGUAGGCAAGGCGAACUUGGCAAAGACACAAAAAUGUGUUGCGUUAUUUCUGUUCUGCGGUCGCAUUCCUGCUGCCUGAUACCAUAUACGCAACAGACUAAAAAGUCAUGUUGUGAAUUGGUAUGUUAUAUAAACAUUGACAACUAGUGCAGAGUUGCAAAUACAAGUAAUUUAUUCACAUAUUCACAAUAAAACUUUGAAAACAACAGCACCAGUCCAAUAUUUAUUAUCAAGCACAUGAUAACAGCACAAAUGCAGCCGGAAAAUUGUUCUUAAAUUGUGAGCAUUUUACUAGACUCGCUGGAGAUGUGAACAAGGUAAGGUGGCAGGCAAACAAACUUAAACCGUGGAUAAAUUACACACCAUGCAUGUUGCACAGUGUUUACACACUACGCAAAAAUUGACAACCAUCCAGUCAUUGCUACUCUUAGUAAUUGCAUGACAAAUAAAAAAGCAAGGAAAGAACACGGACACAUCAACAAACACUUUUAAGAGCAACAACAGUUGUAUAAAGAGCAAAACCAGGUAAAUCCUAAAAAGUCCUAUUAUAAUUCGCCAGCACCUAGUAUGUGACAGCUUCAAUUUUAUCUCUGCAAGUUACUAUCCAAAACAAACGAUCUACGCAGUGCUUCUGUGUUUUAAUGACGCCUCCUAUAAUGUAAGAAUAUCAUAGUAGAGACAUUUGUUGUAGAAACAAUACAAAAGCAAUCUAUCAGUACGACCUUUCAUUUGUGAUGAAGCAUUUAAUAAUAAAU